AUGUCCUUUAUUACAGAUUUUGAUGCCAUUAGUGCCGAAAGUAAAUAUGUUAAUAUAUUACUAUGGAUAAUAUUUGGGUUUGGUGUUCUUAAAUUGACCACUUUAACAUUAAGAAGUUUAGCAUUAUUGGCAGAUCUUUUCAUCUUACCUGCAGUCAAUUACUCUAAAUAUGGUGCUAAGAGGGAUAACUAUUGUGUUGUUACUGGUGCAAGUGAUGGUAUUGGUAAAGAGUAUGCUAUUCAAAUGGCAGAACGUGGAUUCAAUUUGAUUUUGAUUUCAAGAACUUUAUCGAAAUUAGAAACUAUGAAAGAAGAAUUGGUUAAGAAGUAUUCAAUUGAAGUUGUUAUUUUAGCUGCCGACAUUUCUAAGGAUUCUGAUGACAAUUAUAAGCAAAUUAGAGAAGUUUGUGAGAAUUUACCUAUUACUGUGUUGAUAAAUAAUGUUGGUCAAUCACAUAGUAUUCCAGUUCCAUUUUUGGAAACUGAAGAAAAUGAGUUAAGGAAUAUUAUUACUAUCAACAAUACAGCUACUUUAUUAAUUACUCAAAUCAUUGCUCCAUUAAUUGUUAAGACCGUUAGAAACUCUAAGCAACGUGGUUUAAUCUUGACUAUGGGAUCAUUCGGUGGAUUAAUCCCAACGCCAUUACUAGCCACUUAUAGUGGUUCCAAGGCAUUUUUACAACAAUGGUCUACUUCAUUGGCUGGUGAAUUAAAGGGAGAUAACGUUGAUGUUGAAUUAGUCUUAUCCUAUUUAGUCACAAGCUCUAUGUCCAAGAUUAGGAAAACUUCCAUGUUAAUUCCUAACCCAAAGAGAUUUGUUGAAUCCACUUUGAAGAAUGUUGGUAGACGCUGCGGUGCUCAAGAACGCUUUGCUACAAUGACACCAUAUUGGAGUCAUGCGCUUUAUCAUUUCAUCAUUGAAGAAACAGUCGGUGUUUAUUCAACUAUAGUCAAUUGUAUUAAUUAUUCAUUCCAUAAAUCUAUCAGAGUUAGAGCUCUAAAGAAAGCAGAAAGGCUAGCUAAACAACAAUAA